UUGGUCCGCCUGUCCGCGGUGAACAAGGUGACAGCCAUCCCCUCAUGGCCGCGGCGGGCGGGCCUGGGCCCAUCUGUGUGCUGGGCAUCGACCUGGGCACGACGUCGGUGAAGGCAGCGCUGGUGACAGGGACAGAGCGAGGGCUGGCGCUGGCACAGAGCUGCUCCAGGGAGACGCAGGCACACAGCGAUAGCCUGGGAGCUGCACCGCAGGGAAUGGAGCAGGAUGUCCAGAAAAUCCUAAGAGCAUUGAAUGAAUGCCUUGCUACUCUGCCUCAGCAGCAGCUUCAGCAAGUCACCCACAUUGGUGUUUCUGGACAAAUGCAUGGGGUUGUGUUUUGGAAAAGUGAUAAAGGUUGCAAAUGGUCAGAGGGUGGCACAGGCCCUGCCUUUGAGGCAGACCAGGUCAGCCCCCUGGUCACCUGGCAGGACGGCCGCUGCAGCCCCACCUUCCUCGCUUCCCUUCCUCUGCCCCACUCACACGUGAGCCUGGCAACAGGAUUUGGAUGUGCCACAGUCUUCUGGUAUUUAAAGAACAGUCCAGAUUUUCUGAAGGCUUAUGAUGCAGCUGGCACCAUCCAGGACUAUGUGGUUGCCAUGUUGUGUGACCUGAAGAAGCCACUGAUGUCUGUCCAAAAUGCUGCCAGCUGGGGAUAUUUUAACUGCAGGAGCAAGAGCUGGAAUUCUGACAUACUGAAAAAAUCUGGCUUUCCUGUCCACUUGCUUCCAGAGGUGGGGGACCCUGGCAGCAUUGCAGGCAGGACAAGCUGUGCAUGGCAUGGGAUACCCAAAGGAGCAAAAGUAGGAAUUGCUCUGGGAGAUUUCCAGUGCUCUGUUUAUUCCUGUCUGUCCGAGAGGACUGAUGCAGUUCUUAAUAUCAGCACCUCUGCCCAGCUGACCAUCUCAAUGCCCCUGGGUUUCCAGCCCCCAGAGGCACCAGAUCCUUCCUCUGCUGUCACUUAUUUUCCCUACUUCAAUGGUGACUACUUGGCAGUGGCAGCGUCACUCAACGGAGGCAAUGUGCUUGCAACGUUUGUGGGAAUGGUGGCACAGUGGGCACAGGAGCUGGGAUUUCAGGUCCAGGAAUCCUCCAUCUACCCAAGGAUAAUCCAAGCAGCCUUGGCCCAGAAGCACAGCAAGCUCUCAGUGCACCCAACCGUGUUUGGAGAGAGACACCUCCCUGAGCUGCUGGCUUCAGUGAGCAGCAUCGGUGCCUCGGAGCUGUCCCUGGGCCACGUCACCAGAGCCCUGUGCCGUGGCCUGGUGGAGAAUCUCUGCUCCAUGUUCCCUGUGCAGCACCUGCAGGAGGAAACACCUGUUUCCACUGGAAUAUGGACAUGGAUUCCUCUCUUGCUCAUUAGCAACAUCAGGACUGACAUUUUUAUGGUGAGAAAGCUGUGCUGAGUUCUGAGAUCUUAAUUACAGAGAUGGCUUCAUUUCCAGUCCAUGUCAUGUUUAGGGAAUUGUUGGCAUGUUACAAAGAAAAUGUAGACUAAAGGUGCUAGGAAAAGUCUGAAUUUAUGUUGUUUUCCCUCUUGCAUGAUUAUAAUUUUUAUCAGCAGGUCUGCUUUUAUUUUUAUUGAAUAACAGGAAAGAGGUGAUGGUUCUGUAGCAUCAAAAGCCUUUGCAGCAUUUUGGAUGCUGCUGAGGACCUGGCUAUUGGUAAUCUAUAUUUAUGCAUUAAUAAACAGCCUCGUUACUCUGAGUACCACAGAUCUAAGGAGUAUAAUUAGUUUGCUAUUAAGUAGGCAGAUAUAUAAUUCUUUUAUAUAUUCAUGGAUAGAUUUAUGUAUUCAUGGAGGACUAGGGAGACAGCCACUUUUUGCAAAACAAAGACAGAUAAUUUCAUUGAAUAAUUUCAUAUUCUACUCAAAAUCUACUACAAAAAUUCUACUUAAAAGGGAAGCUGGGGGGUUGCUCCCAGCCUAACAGCCUCUGGAAAAUCUGUUACUCUAGACUAAUGUUUGUCAGAAAGAUCUGUAAAUUAUAUAUUUAGCAACAUAUGACACAGCUUUGAAUUUUUGAGGGUGUUAGAUCCAUCCUGGAUUAGAUAAAUUGGGGUUUUUUUCCUCAUAACAUUAAUAUUUAGAGGCUGACUGUUACAGACAUAUAUAUAAUUUAAAUAAAGCAUGGGAAGAACAUGAAACAAUAAAAAGGCUUUAGGACUUACUGGUUCUUCCUCAACUCUGUUCUGAAUCAGCUUAUAGUUAAAAUAUUUAUCUUUAAAUCAGCCACCCAAGAAAGGUGUCCAGAAAGGUGAUUGUGGCAUAUUUUGCAAAGUUUUGUAAAUUGAAUUGAAAUUCAAGAAAUGAAGCUGUGACCCCCAGAAACAAUUGCUGUCUGGUGGUUUGGAUGCUGGGGUUUUUGGUUUUUUUUGCAAACUUGAGUGUAUUUACGAAGAGGAAAUCUGGAGAAGAAUAUCCAUUACUAAAUGCAAUUAAAGGGGAGGGAAAAACAACAGCAACUUACUGCAAUUCUUGUAAAGAGCUUUGCUAAACCUCUGGGAAUAGAAGCCACUGAUGCUUCUGGUUCCAGAAUUGUUCU